GCGCGCGAGGACACAGCAGGUCCACUCUCCUGUUACGUCGUGUGUCGGGAGUGGAGUGACACCAUGGCCGCGGGGAAGCUGCACUCGCCGGUCUUUCGGAGCAGAAGAAACGUCCGGUUUCUGUGAACGUCGUUUCCCCAGUUACCACCGGAACCGAGCGUCCCGCCCGAGUGCGCGCGUGCGUUUACCCGCGAGCUCAGCCGCACAUUCUCCAGCCUCGUUAGCGAGUCAACGUUGUGUGUUCGCUCACGUCGCCGCUAAGCUAGCAGCGCUGCUAGCUCGGCCGGGUGUCCGCCGGCGUGCGUUGUGGGGGAUGUUGUCCGUGCUGUCGUACGGGAGACUGGUUGCCAGAGCGGUGUUCGGCGGAUUUUCCCAGACAGACGGCCGCGACUACAGCCUGGUGACGGCGAGCUGCGGCUUCGGCAAGGACUUCUGCAAAGGCAUCCUGAAGAAAGGGAUGUGUUACGGGGACGACGCGUGCUUCAUCGCCCGCCACAGAUCGGCCGAUGUGUUGGGUGUAGCAGAUGGAGUCGGCGGCUGGAGGGACUACGGAGUCGACCCAUCGCAGUUUUCAGGGACCCUGAUGAAGACAUGCGAGAGGCUGGUGAAGGAAGGACGCUUUGUCCCCAGCAACCCGGUGGGAGUCCUCACGGCCAGCUACUACGAGCUGCUGCAGAACAAAGUGCCGCUGCUGGGCAGCAGCACGGCCUGCAUCGUGGUUCUGGACCGGCAGAGCCACCGGCUGCACACGGCCAACUUGGGAGACUCUGGCUUCCUGGUGGUCCGCGGAGGGGAGGUGGUCCACCGCUCCGACGAGCAGCAGCACUACUUCAACACGCCCUUCCAGCUGUCCAUCGCUCCGCCGGGGGCCGAGGGGGCCGUCCUCAGUGACAGCCCCGACGCCGCAGACAGCUCCUCCUUCGAUGUCCAGCUGGGCGACAUCAUCCUCACCGCCUCAGACGGGCUCUUCGACAACAUGCCCGACUACAUGAUCCUUCAGGAGCUGAAGAAACUCAAGAACUCAAACUAUGAGAGCGUCCAGCAGACGGCCCGCAGCAUCGCAGAGCAGGCCCACGUCCUGGCGUACGACCCCAACUACAUGUCGCCUUUUGCACAGUUUGCCUGUUACAACGGACUGAAUGUCAGAGGAGGAAAGCCAGAUGACAUCACAGUGCUGCUGUCUAUAGUGGCGGAAUACACCGACUAAAGGUGGCGUGGCGUUGUGCAUCGGGGGGGCAUCUGCUUUGAUGCCUGCUGGCCAGGAUAAAGGAGUGAUGUCGGAUGUUUCCCCCAUGCAUCCCCCCACUGACAAUCACCCAGUUGGGCUGGGAGGAAGGCGGUUGAGACGGGAUGUGUGAGACUGUUAGUGUCAACACGCUGGGCAGCUGGAAAGGGAAAGCUGCAGUCCCUCAGUGGCGCCGAGGGAGGAGCACUCGGGCUCGACAUGGGUCGCCUUGUGCAAGCAAAUGUUCCUCCACGAUACAGCGGACCAUGGGAAAACCUCCGGCAAAGGAAAAGACCACGCUGCCGUUCCGGGAUGUUUAGAGAAAUAUUUGCAAAACAAAUGUAGUGUAUGCCACAUGAAUUAGUUUCUUGGCAGGGUGACCAUUACGAUUUCACGAAGAUCAGCAGCUGCAUUUUCCAUACCAAUUCAGGUCUUUGUCACAUGUCUGUUAGAAGGAUUUCAUUUUUGAAAAUCCUCACCAGAUAUAUAUAUCUAUCUCUCUCUCUAUAUAUAUAUAUAUAUAGUCACUCAUGCCCUCCCUUUAAAUCUCACAGCUGAUGUCUUGAUUGUGAUUACACGUGAUGCGUCCUUGAAUGUGUGAUGAAUGUUGGUUACCAGCAUCUGAAAUGGAAGUGAAGGCGAAAGAUUUCUCCAUUUCCACGGUUGCUGUCGCAGCCUCAAACGCACAAAUCUUAUGACGCAUUCUGGAAAAGAUCAACACGGUGGAAGUCGGUCAGGUGACCAAAUGUAUUUUUGUAAUUUCUUUGUUCAGUGGGAUUGUUGAAUUUUUUGGACUGUUUCCUUUUCUUCUUCCCCUCCUGCUGUAGCGCUCCGACGGCACAUUAGAUGUCACUGCAGGUCUCAUGUGAUACGUGGUCAUUAUGUUUUUAUUACAUCGCCACAGAUUUGCACUCUGCAUCUGCAACGACUUUAAUAUGACAUAUGUUGUGUAAUGUUCUAACGGUGUGCCUUGUAUCAGGUGGCGUUGAUGCUCGUAAACAUCCAUCAUUCCUUGAACCCCAAACUGCCAGGUGUUGAGCGCAAAUCCUAAAAAACGUGAGGUAGCCAUAAGAGUCGAAACGGCUUCCCAGCAUGCCUUGCUGUCUUAACACUUACAUUUCUUCUCCUGAAUCGGCUCCUCUGCACUCAGUAAUUUAGAAAUAGUGAUGAAGCCAUUGCACGCUUAGAAAAUCCUCCACGUCAGACCAGCUGCACGAUCUAACGGUCCAGAUGAGUUCAGUUACCGCACUGAGGACGAUCUACGCUGCCGUAUUAUUACAACGCAACUCUCCCCGUCAGACGGGACGUCCCGACACUUUCCCCCGUCAUCUCUCUUCUUCUUUCAAACUCUUUGUUACAACCAAGAGUGUCUGUAUAUAUUUGUGGGUGUACUGACGAUCUAAAAGCUCUGUAAAGAAAAUGUCAUGUCUGUACAAUAUUUAAAUAAAGAGUAUAGUAUUUAUUA